AUCCUGCUGGAGGGGAAAGGAGCCCAAGGCUGGAGACGAUAGAAGCGACUUCUGUUUCAAAGGAGGAAGGGGUUUUACCAUGGUGAAAAAAGCCAUCCUUUCACCGGGCGCUACCCAGCCCUUCUCACCUCUGAGUCCUGUUUUUGGCAUCUUGGGUCACUCUGCCAUUUGAGACAUUUGAUAUUUAAGUGACGUUCGUGGCUGAGCUCAGCUGGCAGUGUUGAAAAAAAUGACUGAGGUGGUGGUGGCUACAGUGUACACUUUUGGAACAAAACUUAAGGUUUCAAAUGUGGAACCCUAGGCCUUCAUUGACCCCCAAGUUCCAACUUAGGCUCUUAGACUUAUUUCCAAGGCAGUGGGAAUCUGUUUCAGUUACAUUGAGUGAAGAAGUGACAGGAGCUAACACUAAUACACACAGGCUGUCAUGUGGCCAGUAGCAGAUACACAAUGGAUGGGAGAUUGCAAGGAUUUUGGAAGAAGUUGACUGCCUGGAAGAAAGCUACAAAACAUGAAAGUCACUUUGAGGUGACUAGCAAGUACAGCAUUCCUUUGUGUCUCCCACGCUGGAUCUGGAUCGAAGCUUGAAAACUGUAACUUCAGAUGUGGGAACUUGGGCCCAGAGGCUGGGAGUGACAGCUCCAGUCAAAUCCUGUGGAGCUUGGAGCCCUUGGCAGCCCACUGGGCAACCCCUCUUCACCAGGGUUUGGCAUUAGAAUCCUGUACAAGUACCUUCCUUUCAAUGGCGGACCAGAGAAUGGACAUCUCCUCAACAAUCAGUGACUUCAUGUCCCCAGGCCCCACCGACCUGCUCUCCAGUUCCCUGGGCACCAGUGGUGUGGACUGCAAUCGCAAGAGGAAAGGCAGUGCCACCGACUACCAAGAAAGUAUGGACACAGACAAAGAUGACCCUCAUGGAAGGUUAGAAUAUGCAGAGCACCAAGGAAGGAUCAAGAAUGCAAGGGAGGCCCACAGUCAGAUUGAAAAGAGGCGUCGGGACAAAAUGAACAGUUUCAUUGAUGAGUUGGCUUCUUUGGUACCAACAUGCAAUGCGAUGUCCAGGAAGUUAGAUAAGCUCACCGUGCUAAGGAUGGCUGUUCAGCACAUGAAAACAUUGAGAGGUGCCACGAACCCAUACACAGAAGCAAACUACAAGCCAACAUUUCUAUCUGAUGACGAAUUGAAACAUCUAAUUCUCAGGGCAGCAGAUGGAUUUUUGUUUGUCGUAGGAUGUGACAGAGGGAAGAUCCUCUUCGUCUCUGAGUCCGUCUUCAAGAUCCUCAAUUAUAGCCAGAAUGACCUUAUUGGCCAGAGUUUGUUUGACUAUCUGCACCCUAAAGAUAUUGCCAAAGUCAAGGAACAGCUAUCUUCCUCAGACACCGCACCCCGGGAGCGACUCAUUGACGCAAAGACUGGACUUCCGGUUAAAACAGAUAUAACCCCUGGGCCAUCCCGACUGUGCUCUGGAGCUCGCCGCUCUUUCUUCUGUAGGAUGAAGUGCAACAGGCCUUCAGUUAAGGUGGAAGAUAAGGACUUUGCCUCUACCUGCUCAAAGAAAAAAGCAGAUCGAAAAAGCUUCUGCACCAUCCACAGCACAGGCUAUCUGAAAAGCUGGCCACCCACAAAGAUGGGGCUGGACGAAGACAACGAACCAGACAACGAGGGCUGUAAUCUCAGCUGCCUCGUUGCAAUUGGGCGACUGCAUUCACAUGUGGUUCCUCAACCAGUGAACGGGGAAAUAAGGGUGAAAUCUAUGGAGUAUGUUUCUCGACACGCCAUAGAUGGGAAAUUCGUUUUUGUAGACCAGAGGGCAACAGCUAUUUUGGCAUAUCUACCACAGGAACUUCUAGGCACAUCAUGUUAUGAAUAUUUUCAUCAAGAUGACAUAGGACAUCUUGCAGAAUGUCACAGGCAAGUUUUACAGACAAGAGAAAAGAUCACAACUAAUUGCUAUAAGUUUAAGAUCAAAGACGGUUCCUUUAUCACACUACGAAGUCGAUGGUUCAGUUUCAUGAACCCGUGGACCAAGGAAGUAGAAUACAUUGUCUCAACCAAUACUGUUGUUUUAGCCAAUGUCCUGGAAGGCGGGGACCCAACCUUCCCACAGCUUACAGCGUCCCCCCACAGCAUGGACAGCAUGCUGCCCUCUGGAGAAGGUGGCCCAAAGAGGACUCAUCCCACUGUUCCAGGCAUUCCAGGGGGAACCAGAGCUGGGGCAGGAAAAAUCGGUCGAAUGAUUGCAGAAGAAAUCAUGGAAAUCCACAGGAUAAGAGGGUCAUCGCCUUCCAGCUGUGGCUCCAGCCCACUGAACAUCACAAGUACGCCUCCCCCUGAUGCCUCCUCUCCAGGAGGCAAGAAG